AUGAGCGUCCUCGAGCCCAAGCGCGGGCAGGCGUGGGUUGAGUCGCCGUACGUGCGGUCGCUGUUGGCCGGCGGCCUAGCAGGCACAACAGUCGACCUCUCGCUGUACCCGCUCGACACUUUAAAAACGCGCCUGCAGUCCUCCAGCGGCUUCACGGCCUCAGGCGGCUUUACGGGCAUCUACCGGGGGGUCGGCAGCGCAAUCGUGGGCUCCGCACCGGGCGCCGCGCUCUUCUUCAUAACCUACGACACCGUGAAGCGGCAGCUGACCCCGCGCGCAACAACGGCGUACACCGCCUCGGGGCAAGAAUACACCGUCGCGGCAGCAGGCCCCAGCAGCGCAGGGGCACACAUGCUGGCGGCCAGCCUGGGCGAGGUGGCGGCGUGCGCGGUGCGCGUCCCGACCGAAGUCGUCAAGCAGCGCGCGCAGGCGUCGCAGCACCCCUCGUCGCUGGCAGCGCUGACGCACAUCCUGAACCAGCGCGCCUCGCACGGCCUGGCGCACGUCUGGCGCGAGCUGUACCGCGGGUGGAGCAUCACUAUCAUCCGCGAGGUGCCCUUCACCGUCAUCCAGUUCCCCCUGUGGGAGGCGCUGAAGCGGUGGCGGCAGGCGCGCACGGGGCGGAGCCAGGUCAGCGGGCUGGAGGGCGGGCUGCUGGGUUCGGCGGCCGGGGCGGUCGCGGCGGGGGUUACGACGCCGUUGGAUGUGCUCAAGACGCGCAUGAUGCUUGCCAAGGAGAAGCAGCCCAUGUUCACCAUGCUGAGCGCGAUUCUGAGCGAGAGCGGACCCAGGGCGUUUUUCGCCGGCAUAGGGCCCAGGGUCGGCUGGAUCAGUGUCGGUGGUGCCAUCUUCUUGGGCAGUUACCAGUGGGCGAGUAAUCUGUUGGGUGGAGAGGUCGAGGCAUAA